CUAGCGCGUCGAAAAAGUUUUUUUUUCAGGAGCUCUUUGAAUCUGCAGAAUGAGCGACUUCGACGACGAAGACUUCUCUCUAGGCGAGGACUCAGAGGACGAGCCGUUCGACGAGGCAGAGAAUGAAGAAGACUUCGCUAGUGCCAGCGACGAGUCGGACCUGGAAGAACUGGCGCCCACGCCCAAGAAGGCGCGUGUGUCACCCAAGAAACCCAUAACGAAAAAGGCACCACCGCCCAAAUCCAAAGCAACCGCGAGCUCCAGUUCAUCUGUGAAGAAGACGACGACAUCGAAGGCUGUCAAUUCGACCAAGGCCAAGUCUCCGGCUACUGCAGCCAAGAAAGCACCAAAGCCGAAGCCCAUGAAGGCAGAAGACGCCGAGGCUGCCGUGCUGGAUUACAUGCGCAAGACGAAUCGGCCGUAUAGUCUGCUCAAUGUGUUCGAGAACAUGCACCGAGCUAUUGCCAAGCCGUCGCUGACGAAGCUGCUGGACAACCUCGUGGCCAAAGAGGAGCUGGUGAGCAAGACGUAUGGCAAGGCCAAGAUCUACUACAUGAACCAGAAUAACUUGCCUGUGCCGUCGGAAGAGGAGCGUCUGGCUAUAGAGGAGCAGAUUAAAACCAUCUCUGCAGAGUGUACUGCAUCAGAGCAAGAGCUGAAGAGCGCAGAGGCGACGCUUUCAGGCAUUACCACUCAGAUCUCGGAUGCAGAUUUAGAUGCUGCUUUGAAGCAGCUUGACGAGGAAGCUGCAACCUUAGAGAAGAAAGUGGAGACGUUGGAUCAACCUGGCCGAGCCCCUGUGUCGCCUGGCAGGAAAGAAGCACUCAAGGGAAAAUUCACCAAAUUCCGCACGGCGUGGGUACAACGGAAGCGCAUCGCGAUGGAUGGAAUUAACCAGAUUGCCGACGGAAUGGAGAAGAAACCGAAAGCUGUGUUGGAUCUGGUCGGUGUGGAGACAGAUGAGGAGGCAGGCGUGAAGGCACUGCCAACUAUUUAACUCGGUUGGAUCGUUCAUUGUCUUUACUUAAGUAAGUAUUUGACGUUGUUAUCCUCGAAGACGCGCCUUGCGUUCCGCAAUCUCACGCUCGCGACGGUCUUUCAGGCAUUGUUUGUAUCGGUCGAAGAAGGGUUGGCACGCGUUCUUAUUGUCUUCAUUAUCUGCAGUAGAGAGCGAUAAUAAGUAGAUGCACCGCUUAUUAUGGGACAAGUGAUCUCACGUACUGAUGAGGCAGUUGAGCGACUCGCGUUGCAACUUGGCGCACUCCUGGUAGAGCAGGGCGAAUGCACCACCAUAGAGUAGUGUGAGUAUGCGCACUACAGCUGCGGUGCUGGAGAUAGGGAGGUAUGUGCACGUACAGCGUUGUCGAACUUGGUAGGCUGCAUGUCGAAGUCGAUGUGGCCCCUUGAUUAGGUUCUGUAUACCGGUAUUAUAUCGGUAUCGACAAAUUACCAGAAAAUGACCCAAGUUGAAAGAUUGUGCUUUCAAUGCGAAGAUGCAUCCGAUGCUGAAGGUUUUCGAUAUGUUGCGUCGACAAUGAUUCUGGCCAAGGCGGUUGAGUUGCGGCUACCAUAUCCGACUAAUCCACUUCGAGCACCGUCGACACACCGGAACGCCCGAUGGUUGGGAGUUUCGCCGUCACCAAUCGAAUGCUGCUUGACCGGGGAUCCUUGCCUUGAAUUGCCAAGGUCUUCGCUGCUACUGAAUAUUGCUGUCUGUGUCAGCUCAUCUUGGCUUGUUUAGGACAAUCAACGUGGCAUCAGCAUACCAACGUCGCACGAAACCGCCACAAUACUGACACUAGUGAUCCCAACACCAAAGUGCGAAGAAGCAAGAGCAAGUGGAAGCUUCUUGUGUACACCGAGAAGUGCGAUGGAAACCAUGGGAUGCGGUGGAUGCAAAGUGUGCUACGUAGAUUUCUUUUCUGUCCCAACGGCCUCUCCAGACCCAUUCCUCAAUUCGCUCCACAAGACCAAAGCCACCUCUCUACCAACCACUUACUCGCUCAACAAUGAAAGUCUCUACGAUUCUCACUUUCGCCAUCACGGUCAAAACUGCAACAGCGCAGACUCUCAUUAUUACAACCGAUGACUGCUCGUCUUGCUCCGUGGGAACGUACUGCACGACCUCGCUUCCACAAUGCCAUGAGCCACCCAUGGAAGACGCGUGCUUUAACUCUACCAUCAACGAGUACCAGCUCGGCUGUGCGGAAGGCUACGACUGCUUCGACAACAUGUGCGAGUGCGUCAUUGACGAUUCAGGCCUAACGCCAACCCCGGCUACCGAGGCUCCGACAAGUUACCCUACAACUGCCCCAACAACUGCCCCAACAACUGCCCCAACUACAGCCCCAACUACAGCCCCAACUACAGCCCCAACAACAGCCCC